CAACCAUCCCGCGACAAUUAUGUCGACGCUCGAAGGCGGCCUCGCGUUGGCCUUUGGCCUUGGCUUCGUCGCAUACGUGAUAUUCAAGAGAUACGAACUGAACGACCUCCUCUCGCUCAGUGUGCUACUUGGUCUCCUUCCGGCAAUACCUGCUGCAGUGCUCCGCCCUGCCCUGCAGUCAACAGCCCACUCUGUGUUACUCUCGUAUGCCGUCCAUUUCUCAACAUUGCUCGCGUCUCUCGUCGCGUAUCGCCUCUCGCCGUGGCAUCCGCUCGCAAAGCACCCCGGGCCCCUGCCGUGCAAGCUCUCAAAGCUCUGGCUGGUAUACGUGACUUCCCGUGGGAAGCUGCAUGAGUACUUUAGGCAGUUGCACGAGACGUAUGGGCCAGUCGUGCGCGUCGGGCCCAAUGAACUAUCAGUGAUUGACGUUGAGCUCCUCCCAUCCAUCUUGGGCGCAAAUGGCAUGCAUAAGGGACCCCUGUGGGAAGGUCGCCGGAACGAGGGCCGCAAGGGCACACAGAGCGUUCGUGGCACGCUGAUCGAGUCGCGUAACAGGACGCACCACGCCGAAGCGCGGCGCAUCUGGAACCGCGUGUUCACCACCCAGGCAGUCAAGGGCUACGAGCCGAUCGCGAUGGAGCUUGCAAGCAUGCUCGUAGACGGGAUCAGGAGAGAGUGCGAGCGAGACGGCGGGACGGCGCAGACGGAUAUGGCGCGCUGGCUCAGUUUCUUCUCCUUUGAUUUUAUGGGAGAUUUUGCUUUUGGUGCGCCCUUCGACCUCCUUCGCGAUGGCGACAAGCACGGCCUGUGGCAGUUGCUCGAGGAUGAGCUGUACCUUCCCGCCCUAACACAGCACAUCCCAUGGUUUGCUCCCGUGCUGCUGUACAUCCCCUGGGCAGUCACGGAGAUGCUCGCCCUCGGACAGUUCGCGUCCAAGCAAAUUGCGAAGCGCCUAAAGGAUGGUCCCGUGCACAACGACCUGUUCUACCAUCUGCUCGACGAAGGCAAGCAGCACAACGACUCCGAGCCACCGCCUAUCAUACCCUCUAAUGCAGCCAUGCUGGCUGUCGUUGCGGGCUCGGACACCACCGCUACCGCACUCAGCAAUACACUCUACUUUCUCCUCGCGAACCCGGAGUGCUACGCGCGACUGCAGGAGGAGAUUGACGCGAAUUUUCCGCCAGGGAAGGGUGAUCCUGUCGACUGUGCAAAGCUUGCACAGAUGGAGUACCUCAACGCGGUCAUUAACGAGUCCCUGCGCCUCCUACCGUCUAUAUUGACGUGUCUCCAGCGUGCGCCUGAGCCUGGGAGCGGCGGCCACAUACUCGGAUCAGGCGACUUCAUCCCAGAGGGUACCGCGGUGUACGUCCCUCCGUACGUCCUGCACCACCACCCGAGCUAUUUCUCUCCCAAGCCCGAUACAUUCUGGCCAGAACGGUGGCUCGUCUCGUCCUCCGAGACCAAGGCGGACUUUGUCCUCGAGCAACGCGCAUACAUCCCGUUCUCGACGGGCCCCGCGAACUGCGCGGGACGUCCUGUCGCUCUCAUGGAACUGCGCAUGGUGCUUGCGAGCGUGCUGCAGGCGUUUAGGUUGGAGUUUGCGAAGGGGUAUGAUGCGAAGAGGUGGGAGGAAGACAUGCAGGAUUUGUUCUUGGCGCAGAAAGGCGCAUUACCGGUGAUGGUUACGGUAAGGGCGGUUCCGGGAGAGAUGAUGAGGGAGUAAUGAUGAGGAUUGUCAAUGGCGGAUUCUCGUAGGUGGUGACUGUCGCAAAGGCCUUCCUGCACUGAGCGCUCGUACGUGCUCAAUGUUGGUGCUUAGAUGCAGCGUGCUGUUCGUAUCCGGCCUCACAUGACAAGGCAGAGUUUAAUUAGUUUUACCAGCACUUUUUUUUUUUUGUACAUGUAUUUGUAUACCGCGC